AUGGCAGGAGGCAUCACAGAGACAGGGGAGCUCUACUCCCCAUAUGUGAGUAUCUGUAUCAGACUUCGCAGUGACAUGCUCAUUCUCCCUACUGUUUCAUGUCAGGUAUUUGGUGUGCUUAAUUUUUUAUUUUACAAUAUUAUUUCCCUCCCAGAAAAUGUCACUCCAUACACAAAUUUAUACAUACAAACAACAAGUUCCAGACCCACACAAACAAUGACUACAUCUAAUCUGCCCAGACCCGCAUGCUCACACCCUCAUCCCUAGUGCCUGUAUUAUUGUUUGCCAUAGUGCCUGAAAUUGUAUCAAUUUGUUUUUCUCGGUUGCCCAUGCUAUUUCAAUAUUUCAAGAAUAAAUCAUUAGAUUUUUCAAUUGUGUUAAUGAUGGCGGAUUGAUUUGAUUUCCACGUUUUUAGAGAAAGUUUUGAGUGAUGAGAAGAGAAUUGUCCAGCCCAUUGGGUAUCUCACUACACCCCCAUAUACCAUGUCUUGAAAUAUGUAGUAAGUUUACAUUGUAAUACUUCUGACAGUCAACUUUCUAUCUCCGCCCACAACUUCCAGACUUUAUAUAAUUCCCAGAAAGCAUGGAUUAAUGAGUCAUUAUUAGUUUUACACUUAAGACAUGACUCUGCCAAUGUGCUGUAGAAUUUGUGAAUUUAGUCUCUUGUAUAAUACAUUCUAUACAUUAGUUUAUAUUGGAUUAAGCGUAAUUGUCCGUUAACUGUAAUGUCAUUAGUUAUGCUCCAACCUUCUCUCCAUCUUGUACCAACAUCAGUUAUUUUUUAUAUGUCUGGGUUCCAAUAGUUUUUUUUCUAAGAGAUUGUCAGUUAGAUAUGGUCUCUGCCAGGUUUUAUAUCUUCCCUAUCAUAUGAACAUCCUUUUCUUACUCAAAUAAGAUUCCCUCAAGGUUGCUCUGAUGUCCAAAAGAUUUCAAAUCGAAAUUUCGUGAUGUAACUUUUAAGUGUGCUGUACAUUCUGAAGAGAGGUUGACCAAGGUAGAAUGGAUAGCAUCUGCUGCAAAAUGAUCUAGGCUAAAUUAGUUCAAGUAACCUGCAUGAGUCCAAAGUCCACACAAUGUGACAAAACUAUUUAAAAUAGUGAUGUGCACCUACUCUCGUAUAGAUUACAUUUUUAUCCUGAAAAUGUUCAUACAUUUUGCCACUUGUAAAAUCGGACCCAUAGCACUUUCAGAUCACGCCUUUGUCCGCCUCCGCUUUGACCUCUGUAAAAACAUCCCCAGGUCAAAGAGCUGUAAAUUCAACACCUCCAUGCUAUCAAAUGAAGCAUUCCAUACAUUGGUCAAUACAUGGAUAGACAACUACACACAAGACAACAGACUCUCCUGUUUCUCUGGCCACAAUGUGAGACGGUGCCAAAGCCACCCUAAGAGGUCAUCUGAUUGCAUAUGUUUCCUCUAAGAAAAAAGCAACGGAAGCACACAGGUUAGAGCUUGAGAAGGAGCUGGAAGUACAUAAACAAUCCCCAGACAGCGCCUCCUGGAGUCAACUUAAAGCCAGCCAAAAGCCAACUUAGACCACUGCGCCACUCGGGAGCCCAAUUAGGGUUAAGUGCCUUGCUCAAGGGCACAUUUACGUCAUUUAGCAGACGCUCUUAUCCAGAGCGACUACAAAUUGGUGCAUUCACCCUAUAGCCAGUGGGAUAACCACUUUACAAUUAUAAUUUUUAAAAAAAAUUGGGGGGGGGUAGAAGGAUUACUUUAUCCUAUCCCAGGUGUUCCUUAAAGAGGUGGGGUUUGAAAUGUCUCCGGAAGGUGGUGAGUGACUCCGCUGUCCUGGCGUCGUGAGGGAGCUUGUUCCACCAUUGGGGUGCCAGAGCAGCGAACAGUUUUGACUGGGCUGAGCGGGAACUAUGCUUCCGCAGAGGAAGGGGAGCCAGCAGGCCAGAGGUGGAUGAAUGCAAUGCCCUCGUUUGGGUGUAGGGACUGAUCAGAGCCUGAAGGUACGGAGGUGCCGUUCCCCUCACUGCUCCAUAGGCAAACACCAUGGUCUUGUAACGGAUGCGAGCUUCAACUGGAAGCCAGUGGAGUGUGCGGAGGAGGGGGGUGACGUGAGAGAACUUGGGAAAGUUGAACACCAGACGGGCUGCGGCAUUCUGGAUGAGUUGUAGGGGUUUAAUGGCACAGGCAGGGAGCCCAGCCAACAGCGAGUUGCAGUAAUCCAGACGGGAGAUGACAAGUGCCUGGAUUAGGACCUGUGCCGCUUCCUGUGUAAGGCAGGGUCGGUACUCUCCGAAUGUUGUAGAGCAUGAACCUGCAGGAUCGGGUCACCGCCUUGAUGUUAGCGGAGAACGACAGGGUGUUGUCCAGGGUCACGCCAAGGCUCUUCGCACUCUGGGAGGAGGACACAACGGAGUUGUCAACCGGGAUGGCGAGAUCAUGGAACGGCCAGUCCUUCCCCGGGAGGAAGAGCAGCUCCGUCUUGCCAGGGUUCAGCUUGAGGUGGUGAUCCGUCAUCCAUACUGAUAUGUCGGCCAGACAUGCAGAGAUGCGAUUCGCCACCUGGUUAUCAGAAGGGGGAAAGGAGAAGAUUAGUUGUGUAUCGUCAGCGUAGCAAUGAUAGGAGAGGCCAUGUGAGGAUAUGACAGAGCCAAGUGACUUGGUGUAUAGGGAGAAAAGGAGAGGGCCUAGAACUGAGCCCUGGGGGACACCAGUGGUGAGAGCACGUGGUGCGGAGACAGCUUCUCGCCACGCCACUUGGUAGGAGCAACUAAACUUGGACUAUACUCGAGAGAGAAGAAAAAAAUUAGUUUUCUUUACCUAACAGAAAUAUCAUGAGUAUAGCAAUAGGCCUAGCAGUUUGCUUGCAUACCAAUUAAAAAAAGAGUAGUCAGAGCGUACAAUCAUGGCCAUCCGAACAGAAGGUGACGAGGUCACAUAUGAUCCAAAUAAGAUAAAUGUAACUUUUCAUCAUUUUUACUGCAAAUUAUAUGCUUCUGAGAGAGAACAUGCAGAUGCAGAACUCCAUUACUUCCUAGACUAUCAGAGACCGACCAAGAAGAUCUUUCACUCCCGAGGAGGUCUUAGAGGCAAUUAUCUCCAUGCCACCUAACAAAUCCCCAGGCCCAGACGGAUUUCUCAGAGUUCUACAAAACUUUUUGGCCACAGCUUAACCCUAUUUUCAUGCCAAUGCUGGAUACUUUUUUUGAAAACUGAGCUCUCCCAGACUAUGUACACAGCCCGCAUUACAGUGUUGCUCAAAGAAGACAAGGAUCUUAUCUCCUGCUCGUCCUUCCGGCCCAUAAGCUUGUUGGACUUCGACUACAAAAUAAUUACCAAAUUGCUUGACGAGACUGAACACUCUUCUUCCCAAAUAAUAAAAGCGGACCAAACUGGAUUUAUUAGAGACGGGUACUCUUCUGAUAACAUUCGCUGUCUUUUUGAUAUUAUAGAUCAAGUAAAUGCACAGAAGACCCCGUCCUGCUGGCUUCACUGGAUGCUGAGAAAGCGUUCGACAGGAUGGAGUGGAGCUUUCUGUUCUCAGUCUUAGAAAAGUUCAAUAUGGGCCUAAACUUUAUUCAAUGGAUUAAGUCCCUAUAUUCUCAUCCAAAUGCCAUGGUGUCUACUAUUGGUCUGAACUCUUAAGAGAUUCUCUUUGGGAUGUGGUACAAGACAAGGAUGCUCGCUGUCCCUUCUGCUCUACUUAUUGGGGGCGGAGCCUUUGGCGGAGUUGAUAAGGAGCAAUCCAAGUAUUAUGGGUGUUUCCGCAGGCGGCCUUCAGCACAAGAUUUCGCUCUACGCGGAUGAUGUCUUGCUCUACAUAUCCAACCCUGAGAAAUCCCUCCCUUCCAUUUUAGACACAAUUGCUCAGUACGACAAGUUUUCAGGAUAUAAGAUCAAUUUGAAUAAACCCAUUGUUUGCCCUCUCAAUCUUACACUCAUGAAGACACUCUGCCCAUUCCAAUGGAAGACACAGGGUUUCAAUACCUUGGGAUCUUUGUAACACCAGAUCUGAAUUGCCUUUUCAAGGAAAACUAUCUCCCACUCCUGUAUCGAAUCAAGAAUGACCUCCGAACCUGGAUCUCCCUCCCAAUUAGCUUAGUCAGAAGAAUCAAUGUUAUCCGUAUGAACAUCCUCCCUAGAUUGAACUAUUUAUUUCUGAUGGUUCCAUGCUAUCUCCCAGUUUAUUUUUUCAAAACAACCAACCAAAGCAUCACCAAAUUUAUAUGGGGCAAUAAAAAACCUAAGAUCAAGUUCUCCACUCUAUCCAAACCUAAAUCUAAGGGUGGUCUUGCCCUUCCCUGCCUUCAGUUGUACUACUGGUCUGCCCAAAUCAGCAACAUGCUAACAUGGAUCACAAACAGACAAGACUCAAUGUGGAUUCAGAUAGAGGCCCAAUCCUGUGGUUCAUUGCCCCUAAGCGCAGUUAUAUUCAUUAAUUACUUUAGUGAAGUGGGCAACAUACCCAAAACCUUUGAAUUAUAACACCCUACUAGCAUGGAAGGACUGCACGAAGUACCUUGGCAUUUCCUCCCAGAUAUGCUCUCACUCGCCUAUAGUAUGCAACCCAGACUUGCCAAAGGCCCUGAGUGUUGCCAACUUUCAUCUUUGGCAUACUCUAGGGAUCAGGACCUUUUCAUACCUGUUUCAUCAGAACGCAACUACACUGAAAUCCUUUCAAGAGCUCUCCAGUGAAUUCAAUGUGCCAACCUUUUAUUUAAUUUAAUUUUUUAUCUUGAAAUUAGACAUGUAAUUUCCUCAUUCACUUCCAAGAGGAGGUUUAGAGCUCAGCUCAAUGAAGUUGAGAUCCUUCUUGCUACAGCACAAUUCAUCAAAAGCGAAAUCUCCAAUAUCUAUAGACUCCUAUCUGAGAAUGUGGGUUCUUCCUUUACUCCUUUGGAAAUAAUCUGGGAAAAGGACCUCUGAUUAUCAGUGAUGAGUUAUGGGUGGAGAUUUUCGACAGGGUAUGCUGCUCCUCUACUAAUAUAAAAAUGAAAGAAUCUAAUUACAAAUGUUUGUACAAAUUGUAUUACACCCCAGUGAGACUCCAUAGAAUCAAUACAGACAUUUCUCCAUAUUGUAAAAGAUGUACCUCUGAAAGUGGAAUUUAUAUGCAUGUAUUUUGGAGUUGUAGAGAGAUCGCCAAAAUCAGGUAAUCUAUACAUACUGCUGCACAGAAAAUAUUAGAUGUCCAGUUUGAUAUGACCCUGUGUCUCUAUCUUCUUAAUGUUCAGCAGGACUUUGUUCUUUGCUAGACAAUGUAUUCUCAAUGUACAAUGUAUUCUCCUUCUGUGGGUUUCUAAUUCCUCCCUACAUUUUAAAAUGUGGAUUGACCAGAUUGUUGACUUUCUUCCUCUUGAAAAGCUCACUUAUGACCUCCGCAAGAGACAUCCCAGGUUUGAUAGACUCUGGUCUCCACUACUCAACUGUAUUUCAAACUGGACAGAGUGAAUGGGGUGAUUUAAGGAAGUGUGUGUGUGUGUGUGUGUAUACAUAAUGUGUAAGGUGCUGUAAAGCUAAUUCUUUGCAUGUUGUCUCAGCUAAUGCUGGAAAUAGCUAACACGAUCACAGAUAGUGCUGCUGCAAAUUUGUUUGUUUUAUAUUUAUUUAUUCUAUAAUUUAUGUCUGCCACAUCUGUGAAUGUAGAAUGUGUUUUGUUUGUUGAUUUGAAAAACAAGAACUUAAUAAAACUUUAAAUGAUAAAAUAGUGAUGUGAUGUAGAACAGACAUUUUACGGGGAGCACGUACGCUGGUUACUCAUCUAGUCAGGACACUGAAAAGAGGAAGUAGGAAUGCUUAGGCACUCAAAAAGGCUACCGUUAUGGUGAACGUUGAUGACCCAACCCAAGCAAUAAAUUCUGCUUAGCAAAGCUUUAUUGUGAGGCCUGUCUAGGUAUGUCACAAGUUUCUACAGUGACUGAUAUCAGCAUGGCUGUGUCCAGCUUCUGCUGGUUUAGGCUAGUUGUCUUGUGGUUAAAGUGCCCUUUUCUAGAUGAAAAUAUUAAUGCUCUGAAGGAAUGGAUAGGGAUAAGGGCUUUUUAGUGAGCGGACCUUCUGUUCACUGGUCUCUCUGUAUGUCACGGUGUCCAGCCAUACGUCUUUACUGCUACAUGGGCCAGGGACUAUAAUAGUCCACAGCUGAGGACAGUGUUUGAAUAAGAUAAAGAUAAUGUCUUCAGUUGACCAGUGCGUUGCAACUUGGCAAUGUUAGGUCAGCAUGUUUUUCUUUACACCCGUGCUAAACUGUCCCAUGAUUUCCAGGGUUCAAACUUCACUCCCUUGACCAGAGUGUGGUGUUAUGUUAAGUGAAGGGGAGGGGAGGAACAGGAGCUUCCAGACGUACUGGCCUCUUGUGGACCCCCAAGACAACGACACCCUCUAAUCGAGCACUCCCUUGGUCUUACUUCUUGUUCUGUGUCUUUGCAGGUGGGCUUGGUGUACAUGUUUAAUCUGAUCGUGGGCACGGGGGCACUGACGAUGCCCAAGGCCUUUGCCCAAGCAGGUUGGGCGGUCAGCCUGGUGCUCAUCUCCUUCCUGGCGUUUAUGAGGCGAGUUCCUCAUUGGCUCACUGCCUUUCCAUUCAUUUCCACAACUGUUGCCUUACGUCCACUUCCCCAGCUCUCACUUUAGUUUAAGCACACCGUAGCGCAGGAGUAAUUUACCAUAUUUCAUCCUUAUCGUCCACACCUAAGGUCCUCCCAGCCACCUAAGUGGAGAGUUAUUGCCCUCCCUAUCAAAUGGGAUGCCACCACUGAGGCGUGUCAGUAAUCUAGCAGGGAACAAUCAGAGCAGGAUGCGUUGCAGAUGAGUUGAUGCAGUGUGUCAGGCAGCAGGAGGCAGUUUAUGAUGCAGGAUGUGUUUCAUUAGGGUAGUGUAUGGUGAGAGAGGGGAGUCAGUGGACACAUGGAGGGAUGCAGAUCAGUGGCAAGUACAUGAGCUUUGUGAUGCGGAAUGCUCUGUGCCUUUUAACAGUUUCAUGUUUUUUAAUUGCUUUGUUUUUAGAUGGUUGAGAUCCUAUUUUAUCACCAAGGAUAGUGUGCAGUUAGCCAAGGUCACAGACUACAACAAAUGCAACACAGUGAUAUUCUAAGACAGUUGUUGAAAAUAAAAUAAAAUAGCCAUUUAGCAGACGCUUUUAUCCAAAGCGACUUACAGUCAUGUGUGCAUACAUUUUUACGUAUGGGUGGUCCCGGGGAUCAAACCCACUACCCUGGCGUUACAAGCGCCAUGCUCUACCAAGUGAGCUACAGAGGACCAUACACUUGUACAUUUUCCAAAAAAUGUUAUGCUCAGUAUGGAAUAUGUUUAGACUCUACAGGGCUAGUUUCUGUCAUCAUAUCUGUGAUCUGAAUAUAUUUUUCUGUCUGAUUUUCAUCAGUUACAUGACCACUACGUUUGUGAUCGAGGCCAUGGCAGCGGCCAACGCUCAGCUGCGCUGGAAGAGGAGGGAGCAGGAAGAGGUGAGUUAGCAGAUAUAAAGAACCAACAGGAGGAAGAGUGAUAGUCGACACUCAUACAUACUGUCUUUUCCAGUGAUCCCCACCCAUCAAGUGAAGGCCAGAUUCUUUAGAGGACACUACCCCUUCAACCUCAACACCUUACAGGAAGAAUAACCUCAAGGCGCUCAAUAGAGUAUUAAAGAAUAAUAUGGGGAAAGGAGCGCUUGCCACUACCACAAAUGUGUCUUCUACUAACUCACUUAGUGUCCUCUACUAACUCACUGGGGGGACAAUUUAGUUUUUAAUCAUUGUUACUCUAGUCAUUUUAAAUACUAAGGGAAACGUCAUCUCGUGCAGAGAUUGAUGGAACUGGUGGAGUUCAUUUUCUUUUUAGCAGAAAAGCGGCAAGUCAUUUUGCCUAAUGCCCAAGGUUUCCACUGGAGGAGUUAUGAGCGUAAGGACAUUGAGUCUGGCUUUGACAGAGCCCCAAACCCCCAUGGCCUUGAUUCAUAGCUCACUUAGCCUUCCUCCAACAUUUCCUCCCACAUAAUGGGAAGAAGGGAGGCACAGAGUGGGAAUGUUUACCCUUGAACAUUCUUUAUUUCUCUCCGCUCUAACGAAAGCGCAUAUUCAGCCGUUUCUUUACUGGGCAAUAUUUUCUGAGAAAGUCCCAUAAAAGUGUAUUAGUUUGAAAUGGGGUGGAUUGUGCAUCUCUCGGAUGUGUCAGGGAGAAAUAGGAUAGAUCUGCUCUUUUGACUCAGCCAUGGCCACAUCUGUCACUUUGAUGUUAGAUGCUUUGUUUCUGUUGCUGGCAUAUCCUCUUCCAGUGAGCCACCCACUUCUUAGUCUCCCCCACACCCUGUCCAGAGCAGCUGUAGCUGCUCUUGUUAAUUCAACUGAUAAUGACAUCCUCAAUGUCGGUUGUAAUUUAGCAUUAAUUAAUAUAAAUCUGUAGUGAAUUUGGUAGAUGAAGAGUUAUGGGAGGGCGUCAGAUAGGCGCUCAUAUCUAUUGUAUAUGAGAGGGAAAGCUCCCUCAUCCUCCCCAGCAUAUCCCAGCUGUUCCAGACAAUUUCCAGAUGCUGCUCCCCUCCACUUCGCAUGUACAGCAAAUAAAACACGGUGUUAAUAGGUUGUAAACUGACUUGUUGGCACUGAGCAAUAGGACUUGUAGAUUAGGAGUGAAGUCAGUGUUGGGUGGAGGCAGGCUGCUUAUCCUCUUUCGAUCAUCUUCAGGUCCAAGACAGCGACUCCACCUCUGAUUAUUCGGAUGAUGAUGUUCUCGUCCGGGGACGAUCAGAGCCAGAGACGAGGCCCAUUUUGUCAGUCCGUGAGUAUAGUGUUCCACUCAUCCCUCCUAAAGACAGAUGCACCCUACUAAGGACGUGUUAAAAAUGUGUUGAAAAUAAGGUACACUACGUGGUCAAAAGUAUGUGGACACCUGCUCGUCGAACAUCUCAUUCCAAAAUCAUGGGCAUUAAUAUGGAGUUGGUCCCUCCUUUACUGCUAUAACAGCCUCCACUCUUCUGGGAAGGUUUUGCACUAGAUCAGGGUUCUUCAAUUCCGGUCCUGGAGGGCCAAAACACCUCUGUUUUUCAUCCUCUCCUUCUAAUCAGGGGCUAAUUAACUAAUAGAAAUAAAAAACAGAAGUGUUUCGGCCCUCCAGGACCGGAAUUGAAGAACCCUGCACUAGAUGUUGGAACAUUGCUGCGGGGACUUGCUGCCAUUCAGCCACAAGCAUUAGUGAGGUCGGGCACGGAUGUUGGGCGAUUAGGCCUGACUCGCAGUCAUUCCAAUUAAUCUCAAAGGUGUUCGAUGGUGGUGAGGUCAGGGCUCUGUGCAGGCCAGUCAAGUUCUUCCACACCGAUCUCGACAAACCAUUUCUGUUUGGACCUCGCUUUGUGUACGGGGGCAUUGUCAUGCUGAAACAGGAAAGGGCCUUCCCCAAACUGUUGCCACAAAGUUGGAAGCGCAGAAUCGUCUAGAAUUUCAUUGUAUGCUGUAGUGUCAAUAUAUGCCUUCACUGGAACUAAGGGGCCUAGCCCAAAUCAUGAAAACAGCCCCAGACCAUUAUUUCUCCUGGCACUAUGCAUUUGAGCAGGUAGCAUUCUCCUGGCAUCCGCCAAACCCAGAUUCGUCUGUCGGACUGCCAGAUGGUGAAGCGUGAUUCAUCACUCCAGAGAAUGCGUUUCUACUGCUCCAGAGUCCAAUGUCGGCGAGCUUUACACCACUCCAGCCGGUGCAUGGUGAUGUUUGGCUGCUCGACCAUGGAAACCCAUUUCAUGAAGCUCCUGACGAAUAGUUAUUGUGCUGACGUUGCUUCCAGAGGCAGUUUGUAACUCGGUAGUGAGUGUUACAACCGAGGACAGACGAUUUUUACACGCUACAUGCUUCAGCACUCGGCGGUCCCGUUCUGUGAUCUUGUUUGACCUACCACUCCACGGCUGAGUCGUUGUUGCUCCUAGACGUUUCCACUUCACAAUUACAGCACUUACAGUUGACCGGGCAGCUCUAGAAGGGCAGAAAUUUGACGAACUGACUUGUUGGAAAGGUGGCAUCCUAUGACAGUGCCACGUUGAGAAUGGCCCGUACUGAGCUCUUCAGUACGGGCCGUUCUACUGCCAAUGUUUGUCAAUGGUGAUUGCAUGGCUGUGUGCUCGAUUCUAUACACCUGUUAGCAACGAGUGUGGCUGAAAUAGCAGAAUCCACUCAUUUUUAAGGGGUGUCCACAUACUUCUGGCCAUGUCGUGUAUCUGUGAAAACAUUGAGUCUUGUGGAGGAUUCGUAAUUCUACCUUUCGUGUCCCUGCUUUUUGAAGGUCUCAAUUCUUAAACAUAUGCUGAUUAUGACAUGAUCAGAUCAAUCAUAAAUUGUAUGUAUCCUCCAUAUGUCAUUGGUUAAUGGCAAUGUUUUAUAGAAGGAAUGACAUCAGAAUCACUCCGAUUGGAAUUACUCACCACUGCGUUCUCAUGUCUAUGCAUUAUCACAGAGCGAACAGGAGGAGGACACGUUGAUCACUUUGACAUUGUGGAGAGGGUUGAGAUGGGUCAAAUGGCCUCCAUGUUCUUCAACAAAGGUAAAAGCCCAUCCUCAUUCAGUACUUUGAGUGAGAGGGAUAUGAUGAACCCACACUCCAUUAUUGAAUUAAGUGCUGCUGAUACCACUGUGUGCAGGGCAUGGUAAAACCUGUCCCCCUUGUGUAACAACUAUGGAGGAGUCUUGAAGGUUGUGUGGGAGCAUUUGGGGACAGUUUCUCAACCUUUAAAUGGGAAUCAUUUUUUAUUUUUAUGUUUAUUUUAAAUUGUAUUAACCCAUUCAUUGUUAGAUUCCAAAAGUGAGGCUGUUAGCUCUCUAAUGGGGUGUAAUUGUAUGCUGAGUGUACAAAACAAUAGAAACACCUUCCUAAUAAUGAGUUGCACCCACUUUUGCUCUACAAGGUGCCGAAAGCGUUCCACAGGGAUGCUGGCCCAUGUUGACUCCAAUGUCUCAUUCCAUCUCAUCCCACAGAUGCUCAAUUGGAUUGAGAUCUGGUGACUGGGUAGGCCACUGCAGUAAGCUGAAUUCACUGUCAUGUUCGUGGAACCAUUCCUGGACAAUCCUAGUCUUGUGCCAUUGGGUAUUAUCCUGAUCAAUUUGCAGCUGGAUACACUGCUGCCAUGAAGGUAUGCACCUGAUUGGCAAUAAUGUUCAGAUAUCCUGUGUCAUUCAAAUGUUGCUUCAUUUUUAUCAAGGGGCCCAAUGUGUGCCAUGAAAACACAACCCACACCAUUACACUACCACCACCAGCCUGCAAUGUUGACACGCGGCAUGAUGGAUGCAUGUACUCGUGUUUUUCUCCGUUCCCUAGUCCUCCCAUCAGCAAGAACCGGGGUUCUUCAGACCAGACAAUGUUUUUGCAGUAUCCAGUGUUUUUGUUCCUUAGCCCAAUGCAACCGCAGUUUCUAGUUUUUUGCUGAAAGAAGUGGAACUCUGUAAGGUUGUCAGCUGCCAUACCCCAUUCGUGUCAAGGUACGACGAGUUGUGCAUUCAUUUAUGGGUCUUUGGGCACCAAUGUUGUACUGGACUGUCAGUUGACUAACUGUAGCCCAUCUGUUGCUCUGCACAAUUAGUGUCAGCCUCCUCUGUCCUCUUUCAUCAAUGACCCGUUUUUUUUCGACCACUUGCCUGUUGUUGGCUGGAUGUCCUUUGGGUGGUGGACCGUGCUUGAUACACACGGGCAACUGUUGAGCGUGAAAAACCCAGAAGCAUUGCAGUUCUUGAUACAAACCGGUGCGCCUGGCACCUACUACCAUACCCCGUUCAAAGGCACUUAAAUAUUUUGUCUUGCCCAUUCACCCUCUGAAUGGCACAUAUACACAAUCCAUGUCUCAAUUGUCUCAAGGCUUAAAAAUCCUUCUUUAACUUUAACAUCUACACUGGUUGAAGUGGAUUGAACAGGUGACAUCAAUAAGGGAUCAUAGCUUUCACCUGGUCAGUCUAUGUCAUGGAAACAGCAGGUGUUCCUAAUAUUUGGUACACUCAGUGUAUAUGGCUAAAUUGCCUUUGGUUGAAUUUCCCAGGCCAUCACACUGCUGCUGUUUUAAUCUCCCCAGCUGUGUGUGUGUGUGGGCCUCUAGCAAGCUGCACCAUGUUAAAGCCUCAGCAGCCUGAGUGAUGAGCUAAUUGAAAGCAGAAUCAUGUUCACCUUGAACCAGAAACAGAACAACCUUGCUGCUUUACAUUUCUCACCUACGUCAGAGUAGACACUCCUCGCUGUGCUGGGCCCGCUCACUGCCCCCCCUCCACCUCCCCACCCUCUCCUCCUCUGCUGGAAGGCCGGCCUGUUUCUCAAGUAGUAUUAACCAGGGAGGAGGUGACUCAACAGUCUGCAGCAUACGUACCUGCAGCGCCAAUACUUCAACAGCAUCGCUUUUGUCAUCUGAGGAAAAAAAGACCAGAAAAGGGUCAAACCGUUCUGCUCCGCUCCAUUGUGUGCAGAUCUCUUCCUGUGUUGUGAUCCGGCUCUGGCCACUAGGUGGUGCACUUGGCACACUCACACACACAAAAUGAUGCACUGACUCACACAAAGGCAGGCAGGCAUGCAACAUGCUGUUAGAGAAGCAGUGUGUUGUUCCCUUGUGGAACACUCCGGCUGCAGUCUCUUCUUCCCUGUGUCUCUCGGCUCCGUUGCUCCAUUAAAGUUGAUGUGUUAAAACACUCUUUGGUGAUGACCUCGCCCUGUGUGUGUGUGUGUGGUGUGUUGUCCUCGACUGCAGGUGAGGGUGAGGCGCCACGAGGAAGUAUUGAUCGUUGGCAGAGAUAAGAGUCCCCCUAUCUCUCUGUGUGAUGUGGGAGUGCUGCCCAGUGACUCUAAUCAGAAAUGAAUUAGAUGGGCACUGGGCCCAGCGCGCAUGAGAGAGGAGUGAGAGAUGCAGCUCUUUGUCUCAGCUUAAUGGCGCUCCAGCAUAAUGGAAGUCUCGUUUGUCUCUCUUCCCAGAUCAGUUGAUAUGAACUCUUCUUUGUGUAAUUACUGCUGGGAGGUAAUAUAAGGUUAGUGGUGUGACUGAUCAGGGAGUUUUACUGGUGAGGUAAAGCUGUCAGAUAUUAAAACAAAAUCUCUUUUGAUGUUUUUUUCUUCAGGGAUUGGAUAGUGGAGUCCAUCAGUGAUGAAUGUGUUGUUGGGGUUAAUGGGCCAGUGUGGUGGUGUGAGUGCAGGUCAGGGUUGAGGCCAGUUUGGUUUUGUGAGUCAAGGGCUGAGGCCUGCGGUGGGGAAGGGCAGCUCACAGAGCCAAUCAGCUGGCCACUUGAAUCCUGACUGCCUCGGGAUGGUUCUGGUUAAUGAUGGGACUGUUCGACCGCGCUGGGCAUCACUGGCAGGAAAGGCACUUUUUCACAUGCUGCACAGAUGCACACAGCCUUUCCACAACACUAUGGAGAGCUGUGUUCACAGUUUAAGAUUCCCCUGAGACACACCAGGGCUGUAAUUUUCUUUAUUUUGGUGAUGCCAGUUGAUUUUUGAAAACGUGUUAGCUCUACUCCUACAACAAGUGGCUCAGUCCAUUCAGCGUGGAUGUGUGGGGAAUACUUUUUUCAAUGUUUUUUUUCUUCUCCUUCCCACUUCAUGUAAUUAAAAAAGCGUCUCUCCUGGCGGUUCAAGAAGCACUAUGAAAGGGCAUUCGACUUCCUCCUGAGCUAAAAUGAUCAUCGCAGCAGCAGCGGCAGCAGAGUAAGCUUGGAAUAAGGCCAUGGGUAUCGGCCCUGCUGGAACUGACAGGAAUUUUGAUGGGGGCUGGUUUAUCAGCGCCGCAGCGAGGAGAGAGAGUGCAGUGUUACUGUAACCUUCCCCGUCCACGAUUUGCAAGUUGAUUAGAAGACGACUUUGGCUAAUAUCAAGGGGGACGAACAACAGAGGCUGGUCCGUGUGCUCCUGCACCCAUCUCAGCCCAUCGUCCCUCUAGGUAUGGAUGAUGUGCAAACAGAGGGAGAAGGUACAGGCUCUUUAACAUGCACCACCCUAUACCCUUGACUUAUAGAGACCAUGGAGAGGAAUACUAAUCCAGUCUCCUUUAUUACAGACCCCAGCUUUAAUGAGUACCAAACACAGAUGCAUACAUUUUUAAUACUUGAAUAACUUUUCUUAAAUGUCAUACUUGUACGCUAUACAAGGGGCACUGACAAAAGGAAAAUGGGGAGCAGCGCUGCCACUAAGAAGAUAAAUGGACAUGUUUAUGUCAGCCCCCACCACCCCAAUUACAUAAGCAUUAACUAAAAUAGUUUUCAUGUCUCUUUUGUAUAUGAACAUAAAGGAUGUACUUUCCUUUUCAGAGGGCCUGCUGCUAUUACUGCUCAACUCUAUGAUUACCCAGAUCCAGAUCAAUAUCCCAAGUUUUAGCCCAAAGAGUACAUCUCACUCAAUAAAAGCCCAAUUUGGGUUUCAGAAUCACACCUAAGGAAAGUAAUUUCUGUUGCAUCCAACAAACCGCCUUUAGCUCUCUGCUUCUAGCAGUCACAUUCCUGCCUGAUUAAGCUCCAUGAUAGCAGAGCGGAGCCCAAUACAGCUGUGGCUUCCAGCAUGGUUGGCAUUCAACAAAAUAGCUGUGGAUGUUAGAAGGAAGCAACUUCCUAACAUCCCCUCCUUCCGCCAGCUAGAGAGGCUAUCAGGGCAUCUGUCAGUCUGCAACAGUGGGGUGAUGGAUAGUGACAUGCCGCUGGGGGACUGACUGGAGCUUCUAGGUGAAGAGCCAUUUGCAGCAGCAGUGUGUGAGCCUGUGGCCGUGGGUAAUGGGGAGGUAUUAGUGACAGAGCCUGGCAGGGCAGCAUCCUCUUGGUCAUGCUGGGUCCUCAACCAGCUAUCGCUCACUGACGGGCAGCACAGGCAGCCCUGAUUCCCCCUAUCUGAGGCAAAAGCUCUAACAGGCUUGCUUUCCAGAUGGAGACAUGCAGGAAUGGUAGAGAGUAGUGUACAGUGCGCUAACCUCUGUGAAAGUGGGGUUGCGUGGGAGAGGAGGUGGAAAUGUUUGAAGUGAAAAUGGAAUGUGUUGAAUUGAUGCAGAGAGAAUGUGUUGAAUUGAUGCAGAGAGAAUCAAGCACCCCCCCCCCCCCCCCCAACACACACACACUCAGACAACUUUCUGUUAAAUUAGAGGCUAUGAUAUUACUUACCAACCUGUGAGUUAUACUUUCAUACUGUAAUCAGUGUGCAGAUCAACACAGAUAGGUCCAGUAUAGUGUAAUCACACACACACACUGGCGUCUUCUUGAGUUAUCAGUGUUUAUUUUCCCCAGCCUGUGUUUUAUGACCUGCAUCAGAUGGCCAUGAUGGCCCUGGAAGAGAAUAAACACAACCUGGCUACCAAAGUGCCCUUUGGUUCCCUCUCCCACAGUACUUUAGCUAGCUAGGAAAAUGUUUGCUGUCAUCGCCCUUUCCCACAGAAUUUACCUGCUGUUAGACUCCCCAUCUAACUCCUACAUGGCUGCAGCAACUUACUGUAGCAACUGUAAUGUAGCUUCAUAUCAUAAUGUAGUCUACUGUAAGUGUCCAUCCAACCCUGCCAUAAAACAGGUGAUAACUGUUUACAACUACGUGCUGGAGUCUGGACCUGGGCUUAUCCAGCUAGUCCUCUUCAAUAUCCCUCUUCUAGUUUCUCUCAGCUCGGCUGUGUGAUGGGCAGCAGAAGUUUGCCACUCACCUCUUUACUCUCAGAUCAGAUGAAUCAAUUUAGCCCUGUAAAACUAUAAACCCCUCACUUUUUAUUUAUUUUUAAUGGACUCCAUACUCUAAUUUCCCUGUCAGUAUGAAUUGGUAAUGAAUUGGUUGCCAGGGCCAGUAGGACGCAGGAGCCUCCCACAUGAGAACUCCAGUGUAUGAUGGAUGCCUGGCACAACAUGGCUAACGGUCUCCCGUUGUUGAAAGCUCUCAAUCUCCGCUCAGUGCGCCAGCUUGGAUGGGCCAGUAGUGUGAGCCGGACGUGGGAGGAGUGGGGGGGUAACGAGGAGAAUUUUCAUCAUGAAGUGAUUAGUUUCUUAAUUAGUGUGAUUAAUAUUCUUCCGGAGGAGCGGCGAAAUGUGCUGCUGCAGUUGUGGCUGCCAUCCCGGAGGGAGAAGCAGGGGAUGGAGGGAGGAGUGGAGGUGUAGAGACGGAGGAGAUUGCCUCUGAUGGAUACUGCACGUUUAGCUGUUGAAGUUUGACACAAGUUGCAUUGACCAUAUAUCACAAUCAGGCAUCUGACGGCUGUUAAAGAUGAGGAAUGUGUUAGCUAAGCUAUCCCUGCAUGUGGGGAGGCAGAUUCUCUGAGAUAUGAAUUGAUAACACAAUCAUAUACACUAGAAAUAUAUAAUUUAAAUGUAUGAUGUUUAUGUAUAGAUCAGGUAUAAUCUUCUAAUCUUACCCCUUUGGUUUUGUCUUUCAGUUGGUGUCAACAUGUUCUACAUCUGCAUGGUAGUCUACCUGUAUGGAGACCUGGCUAUCUAUGCUGCUGCUGUACCCAUAUCACUAAUGGAAGUAGCCUGGUAAGACCGGCCAGCCAGCCCGCUGCUGAUUCAUUCCUAUUCAUUACAUUCAUGGAUUUCUUAUUUGGGGGUAUUAUUUCAAGCAACUUUAUGACUACUGUGGGAGCAGCUCGCUCUCCUAAGUACUUGGAGCAUUUACUUUUGGCAGGACAAAGCAUAUCCCUCUCAGUUCCAUUUUUGUCCCUGCACUUUGGCUGUUCCCUCACCUUCUGUCUCAGUAAAACUUUCUGAUAAGCGGGCCUUUUGCCUUCCUGACCUCCCACCAGUGCUCUUGGCAUUUGUUUUUUGUUGACUGGCUCCCAGGCAGGUUUUUAUUACAAGUCCCCUCCACUGGCCCGGUGGGCUGGGUGAACAUCACAUAUUCCAUAUUGUUCCAGUCUCAGACAGUAUGACUUAGCCUGCAGAUCUAAGGGAGGCUCUUCUCUAGAGAAGCUAUUGUCCUGGUGAGACCACCAUAACCGUCAGGAUCACAAUUCAAUUCGGUGUAGCUUUAUGAAAGAAAGAUUAUUAACUUUCUCAUGGUGUACCAAAAAGUACAAUUUCAACCAAAGACCCCCACCCAAAAAACUAAAGUGCUCUCCCAUUUUGUCCGAAUGACUUUACAGACUUUUUAAGGGUUCAGUGAGCUCUGGGAGUGCCAUAUAGGGGUAUCUUAUGAACAUAAUGUGGUGAGGAUGAGAUCCUUAAACAUUUAUAGAGAUACUUAGCUUUUAAAGGUGAAGGUGAGUGAAUACAUUUCAAUGCAAGAUUACAAUUUAACCACUUAACACAUUAGAGGAAGUUCUGUUGAAAUACCACCCUAAUAGCAUAAAAAACAUAUGUUUAUGUCACUCUCUGACUCAACGUGGUCGAAAAGCCUGUUGGUAACUUUCUAGCUAAAAUGUGAGGAGGAACAGACACUUGAAAAGGAAUGGCACUAUGGCACAGACUGGAGCUCCCUGCUCCACUGGCUCUGCCACUGUGGAGAGCCAGGCGAUUGAGAUCGCAGCGCGGUAUCUCUUUGUAAAGCCUUACUGCAGCAGACUUCUCAGUGGCAGAGGCAGAUUCUAACGAUUAUGUCCCAUAAUUGAUGCUCAGUCUGCCACACCUUGUCGGCAGCACUGAAAGGGUUUUGUGAUUGCCUCAGAAUGAUAAUGUGUAAUUUUCCACCAGGAAGACCGGAUCGUCACUUCAACUCAUUAAAGUCUUGUGCAGUGAUAUAACUUUUACUAAUGCUUUUCUUACUGAUAAUCUAACAGCUUCGAGACAGUAGGAACUGACCUCCUGAUAAUCUAACUGCUUCGAGACAGUAGGAACUGACCUCCUGAUAAUCUAACAGCUUCAAGAUAGUUCGAUGUGCCCUUAAGCAAGGCACUUAACCCUAAUUGCUCAUGUAAGUCGCUCUGGAUAAGAGCGUCUGCUAAAUGACUAAAAAUGUAAAUGUAAAUAGUAGGAACUGACCUUCUGAUAAUCUAACAGCUUCGAGACAGUAGGAACUGACCUCACUGAUAAUCUAACCGCUCAGAGGCAGUAGCAACUGACAAGUCUGCAAAGUUUGAGUAAUUCUACCCUGUCAUGUUGAAUCUUUUAUCAUUGGUUCAUGUUCUUUUGCAGUAUGAUAAACUAGUCUUUCCUGUCAUAUGUCAUUCUUGGACUGAUUUGAUCUGAUCAAGAAGGGAUCUGUAAUGAUCACCAGUCUGUGUCUGUUCUCUCUGUAGUGGUAACCAUUCAUGCAGUGCUGGCAGUGUGAAAUACAACGACACUGACUUGUGCUGGGGCCCUGUCACCAGGAAAGACGCCUACAAGGUGUUUCUGGUGAGUACAUACUGCACCCCUGUUCCUCACCCCUGUCCCUCUACCCCCGUCCCAAAGGCCCCUGGAGGACUCAUGGUGUACCACACCUCUCUCUGUCAGCAGCCCCUGCCAUCGUGA